ACAAAAAGUCCAAGUCCCAAAUGAAAAACAUAAUAAUUUACAAAAUUUAAUACUUCACCUAAACUUCAACUACUCCUCACAAUCAUCAAAUUAAUCACCUGCCAAGCUGCUACCCAUUCAAUCAUCUAAAAAAACAAUGAGCCAAAUAGAGGCAGAGCAAGCUAAAUUAAUGACAAAAACAGAGCAAAUAGUAGUUGUGAGAAAAUGGGGAAUUGGAUUGAGCUUUCAUUCCCUCAUAGCUCUCUUCAUUGCAGCCUGUAUAAUUACUGGGUUUUUUCUAACAAAAGAUAGCAAACAGAUGGUAGAAGAAGAUCAGAAAAGUUCACAAAACGACUGCGAUUUGUUUUCGGGGAAAUGGGUUUUUGAUGACAAGUCAUAUCCUCUGUACACAGAGAAGAAUUGUUCAUUCAUGCUUGAUGAUUUUGCUUGUGAGAAGUUUGGGAGGAAGGACUUGAAGUAUCAGCAAUGGAGAUGGCAACCUCAUGAUUGUGAUCUUCCAAGGUUCAAUGCCACAGCUUUGUUGGAGAAGCUGAGAGGGAAGAGGCUUGUCUUCGUCGGAGAUUCGCUGAAUAGGAAUCAAUGGGUUUCAUUGGUGUGCUUGGUCGAGUCCUCAAUCCCUGCACCGCUCAAGUCCAGGGACAGGCUCUUCAAUGGCUCUUUGUUCACCUUCAAAGCUAUUGAAUACAAUGCCUCAAUUGAUUUCUACUGGGCUCCAUUUCUGGUUGAAUCCAACUGCGAUGACCCGUUCCACCACCGUGUCCAAUACCGGAUUGUCAGAAUUCAAGCCAUUGAAAAGCAUGCCAGACACUGGACCGAUGCAGAUAUACUUGUCUUUGAUUCUUACAUCUGGUGGCUGGAGGACACAAUCAAAGUCUUGUGGGAAUCAUCAGAGAAUGGGAAUGCAACAUUGGAACAAGUAGAGAUGGUAAGAAGAUAUGAUAUGGGUUUGAAGACUUGGGCAGAUUGGUUGGAGAAGCAUGUCAAUCAUACCACCACCAAAUUGUUCUUUGUUAGCAUGUCUCCCAGUCAUCUUCGGGGUGAAGAAUGGGGCAUGGAAGCAAAUCAAAAUUGUUACAAUGAAACAGAGCCAAUUUUCAAAGAGGGGUAUUGGGGAAGCUUAUCAAAGCCCAAAAUGAUGCAAGCAAUGGAAGCAACAAUAGACAAAUUGAAAAUGAGAGGUGUGAAAGUUGAUAUUCUCAACAUAACACAACUUUCGGAGUAUCGAAAAGAUGCUCAUCCAUCUAUUUACAGAAGGCAAUGGGUGCCUUUAACUGAAGAACAAUUUUCAAAGCCUCCGAGUUUUUCAGAUUGUGGACAUUGGUGUCUUCCAGGAGUUCCUGAUGUUUGGAAUGAGCUCCUCUAUGCUUAUCUUUUUUAUUUCUAAAUACUUUUGUUAUUUUUUUAUUUAUUUUUAUUUUUAUUUUUAUUUUUUGGGUGAGAAAUUUGUAAGUAAAUUGGAAAAUGAGAUUACACACACAAACCCGCUAUUUUUUGCUAGAAACUGUAGAAGUUACUAUGCUCAUAUAGAUUGUAUAAAAAAAUUAACUUUUUUUAA